CAAUCCUUAUACGACGCUAUAGAAAAGAAUCUCGCCGGUCGGCAAACGAACCGGCAGCAGCAGCACAGUAAGUGUUAGUCACACAAGAGUCGUUGUUGUUUUGUGCAGCAGUGACAGAAGAGAACUGUCGGACAGAGAGAGUGAGAAAGAGAGCGGGCGACGCAUGAAAGCAAGCCACUGCACGCGGGUGGAAGUUUUUGUCGGAAGGGCAGAAGCUUUUGGCGCGGUGCAGCAGAAUCAGAAGAAGAGACAUGAAGGCGAGUGCCUGUCAGCAGUGAGAGUGUUUGCGUAUGUGUGCUGGAUGAACCGACCGAUGCGGUGUAAGGAAGAAACAGAGAAGUAGGCUGGUGAAAAGACGAAGUGCUGUCCGCUCCGUCGUCGUCAUCGUCCGUGCCGUUGUCAUCCAUUCGUUCUUCCUUUUCCGCGUGCUCACUCCUGGAAAGACCGUGCGCCCUUCCUCACCUCACCCCGCCUCACCAGCAAACCCCUUUCGAGAACAGGGAAUAGCAGCUCGACAGGCUCGGUCGCAGUUUCGCUUUUGGCAGUGUGUUUUGUAGCGCUGUGCAGGAAGGAAGUGUGUGCUGGCAAGAGCGCGCGCGAGAACAAGGCAAGGAAGAGUGACUCUGACUUGUGGACACCCGUCGACGUUCGAUACUUUAGAAGAGAAUAUACCUACAUAUAUAGAGGUGGUUUAACAGAAAGUGAAAACAGGCCUCGCGUGAAGGCCAGCUCCGUCGUUUUGAAAGGAAGAAUAAAAUAGAAAAAAGGCCUUUUCGUCUGCCUACCUACCGACAGUUUGAUUAGUGUUUUUUUUUUCGGUCGAUUUACGUUUUAUCGGCCGCGUUUGUUGUUUACCGCGAGGAAAGCGAAAAAAAAGGAGAUUUUUUCCCCCGAUUUUUUCCUGGGGGUGGUAAAUUCUGGUACAGCGAGAAUAAAAGACUUGAGAAAAAAAAAAUUAAAAACUGCACAACACUGCAAGUUGUGGGAAUCCAGAAGACGAAAAACACUUACGAAAUAGAUCUGGUAUUCCGCGGCAAAGCCAUUUCCUAGGCAAUCCAAGCAACCGGACCAAACAGAAGGAAAGUUUAAAUAAAUAAAUAAAAAAAUUAAAAAACAGUGAGAGUGUUUGUACGUGGUGGUGGUGAAGUACAGCAAAAAAAAAACAAAUGCCAAAGUCCGACACCUCAGUGAUAACGAUUUUUCACGUUUUUCCGUCGUCGUCCUCAUCAUCGUCGUCGUCGUUUGAGUGGUAUUCGUCGUUUUAGUUAAAUUUUUUCGCUUCCUACCAUCGGUGUAAGCAGGCCAAAAAAAAAAAUAAAGCACUCAGGGAUCCUCCUCAGGAUUCGGCGAAUUAUUUUCCCAAAGUGACUGAGAGUGAGGAGAAGUUUUCAGAGCUGCAGUGGCACAAGCAUUUUCGGUGUUUCGGUUUCGCUACUGUUUUGAAUGUUUGAACGCUGAGCUCCCGACGAAAUAAACAAAACUAGGGCAAGUGUACUUGAACUACGAAUGGGAAGAUUUUGAUCCGGGUGUGUGAGUGAAUUUUUUUUUGUUCAUUUCGGUUUUUUUUGGUUCGCUGGCUCAAAAUAGCUGAGGUGAAGUGUCCGCGUGCCAGGCAGGAUGAAGAAUCAGAAUCAGCUUUCGGAAAGUGCCGGACAGUAGAAAAAUUCGAACGAACAAACUGGAAACGGAACUGAAGCCUAGUCGAACGCGAACGUUUUUUUCCGCCGUUUUUUUUUCUUUCUUAAAGAAUUAACUAUCUUUUCGCGAGUGUUCCACCCGACCGUUCGGGGGACCUCCCAAAGGCUACGAAAAUAGAUACCUUAGCAUUACACCCCUACCAUUCGUUGCUCCUGAUGGCGCCUCGAAGAGGAACUGUGGGUCCAGGGACUACAGCAGCCCUGGACCUGUUCGGAACACUCGGUGAUUCGGACCAUGGCUUCGAGAGUUCGCAGUCGGCCGAUGGUUCCGGCAGCGAGGGAGCCCACAUGACCCGUUGCUGUGUUCCGAGUGGUGACUGUCUCAAGUGUUCGUCGGUCGAUUUUGGGACCAUCAAUCUGGAAGAUCUCCGGGACUGCGUCCGUGUGAUCUGCAACAAUGACAACUGCACCAUCGGUCAGUACAUGCAUCGCGAAUGUUUCGAACACUGGGAAGAAGGUGUGCUGAACUAUUUGAAGUCGAUCGGCCGAGCUCGGUCCUGGUCGGACAAGCAGAGACAGCAAAAUCUGUGGACCAAGAAGGGUUACGAUCUGGUAUUUAAGGCGUGCACUUGCAAGUGUGGCCGUGGCCACAUCCGUAAGGAUCUGGACUGGAAUCCACCGACGUCGCUGUUCGCGACUCGUUUGGAUGACGAUUCCAACAAGAAAAAGAAGAAAAAGAACCGCCAGAACCAGAAACCGACACUGGCAAUUUCGACCAGUCCGAGUAGCCACUCGAGCAGUUCCUCCAAUAGCCCGAACUCCCACGGAACAACCGGCAGUCACCACCAGCCGCAGUCGCUGCUGAAUCCGCUGAAACUGGUCGAUCACUUUACUACCUCACUGAUGCUUAAUACGACGACCAGCAACAACAGCAGCAGCACCAUGCAACAGCAUCAACUUCAGCAACUACAUCAACAUCAGCAGCAACACCACCAACAACAGCAGCAUCAGCAACAUACGACGAUGGAACGCAACCGGACCAACAGUCUGUCCUCGUCCAGCAACGGGUCCAGCACUCCGCCGGCUAGUUCAGUGGCCUCGACCACGUCCGGUGGGGGCAGUGCCGGCAGUGACUGCCAGAGCAUUUCGCCGGUUCACAUUGGCGGUGGACUCGGCCUCGGUAGUGGUUCUGCGGUGGCCGCUCUCGCCAAAAUGCCGCUGACGCCGAAGACCAAGGUGGAACUGUAUUCCGAGCGAGUCAGGGCGACAUCUGGCGCCAACGGAAUCUUCUCCCGACGGCUGGAUUUUUCCUCGUUCAACAUGCUUCCCCGGCAGAGGAUAAACUCGUACUCAAUCAAGAUCGAGGACGAAGGCAACCACGGAAAUGACGAGACCCGUCUGUUCAUCCUGUCGUCGUUGGCAGCCCAGCACAAGAGCCGGGUGGCAUGUGUCCUCUGCGAGGAGCCGAUGCUAGUCUUUGAUCGCUACCCGCUGGUCGACGGAACGUUUUUCCUCAGCCCGAAGCAACACGCCAAGGGUUGCAUCGAGGUGAAGUACGAGAAUCGUGUCCAAUAUCUGACGUCGGUUUGCAUGGCGUGUCUGGAUGGUGUCGAGUUGAACCGGGUUGUACGAUGCAGAUUCUGCGCCCAGAAGUGGGACGGCUCUUCGCUGGUUCUGGGAACCAUGUACUCGUACGACAUUUUCGCCGCGAUGCCGUGCUGUACAGAACGAUUGAAGUGCAACAAUUGUUUCAAGCUGCUGCUGCAUCCGCACCAGCGAUUGAACUUCUACAGUGACUACAGCCACAGCGUAUCCUGUCCGUACUGUCAUGCCCAGGAUACCCACUUCGUGAAGCCGUUGGCCUACUGCUACACCAAGCAGCCGAUGCAGUUAUUCCAGCAGUGGCCAUAACAU